AUGGUCAAGGUUGCUGUACUGGGUGCCUCUGGGCAAAUUGGACAGCCUCUCAGUUUACUCCUUAAAUCGAGUCUCCUCGUGUCAGAGCUGCGACUCUACGAUGUCAUUCACGCCAUCGGUGUGGCAACCGACUUGAACCACGUCGACACCCCUUCGCCGGUCAGGGGAUACCUCCCCGAGAAUGAUGGUCUCCAAAAGGCUCUUAGUGGCGCCGAGGUUGUUUUGAUAUCGGCCGGCAUUGCUCGCAAGCCGGGCAUGACUCGAGACGAUUUGUUCAAAACAAACGCCGGCAUCAUCGCAGACUUGGCUGCUGGUGUCGCAAAGUUCUGUCCCAAGGCCCUGGUCGGCAUCAUCACCAACCCCGUCAACAGUACCGUGCCGAUCGCGGCCGAGGUCCUCAAGGAGCACGGCGUCUUCGACCCCAAGCGCCUCUUCGGUGUCACGACGCUGGACGUCGUGCGGGGCUCCAAGUUCGUCGCCGACGUCCUGGGAACCAUUAGCCCGCAGGAUCUCAAGGUUCCCGUGGUUGGCGGCCACUCGGGAGCGACGAUUCUCCCGUUGAUCAGCCAAGCUCAGCCCCCAGUUCAGCUCAGCCAGGAGCAGAUCGAAGCCAUCACAACGAGAGUGCAGUUCGGCGGAGACGAGAUCGUCAAGGCCAAGGCCGGCGCUGGGUCUGCCACCACCUGCAUGGCCUACGCUGGAUUCCGAUUUGCUCAAGCCAUUAUCAAAGCCUCUCAGGGCCAGGAAAACAUCGUUGAGCCCGCGUACGUCUAUCUGCCUGGCGUUCAAGGAGGAGACGCCGUCGCCCGUGACCUUGGGGUGGACUACUUUGCUGUUCCCAUCACUUUCGGGGUAGACGGUGCUGAGGCUGCCCACCCCAUCGGGUCCAUGUCCGAAUAUGAGACCAAGCUUCUCAAGACAGCCGUGGAAGAGCUCGGGACGAACAUCAAGAAGGGCGAGGACUUUGUUCGGUCGAGAGCAUAA